UCGAUCAGCUGCCUCUUGCACACCCCCUACUGGGGAUGUGCCCGCAACCAAGCCCUGCCCUGCAGCUGUGACAUGGAGGGAGUGACCUGGGGCCUUCUCCUUGUGCUGGCAGGCCUGCCUGCCUUGGAAGCCAACGACCUGAUUGAUAAAGACAGUUCCUUUUCUUACGACUGGGAGACCCUGCAGCUGGGCGGGAUGAUCUGCGCUGCGCUCCUCUGCAUCGCUGGAAUCGUGUUCGCUUUGAGUGGCAAGUGCAAAUGCAAGUGCAAUUGCAAUCUCAGCCCCUUCUCUGAGAAAGCUGUUCCACUCACCACGUCAGGCUCUACCAGUAUCAUCUGAGGGAGGACCAGCUCCGUGGCACCUCCAGGGCCAGCUCCCAUGCGGUUGGUUCCCUCCCCACUUGGGGGCCUUAGGCUCCUUCUAAUCAGGAGGCUGUUCAAAGCUUAUUUCUAAAUUAAACAUCUCACUCCUCAA